AAAGAACAUGGAUUUCAGCAGCACUAGAAUGUUGGCACAAGGUCUAUUUGUCUUCCUUAUGCUUUCGACCAUGGCAGAGGCGACAAAGCCCAGAACCAUUUUGGUCGGAGACUCCCAAGGUUGGCGUGCGGGCACUAACUACACGCAAUGGGCCAUUCAAAAUAGCCCCUUCCACAUAAAUGAUACACUGGUGUUCAAGUAUCCCCCACCAGGAAAUUCGACGGUUACGCAGAGCGUGUACUUGCUCCCGAACUUGUGGAGCUACAUAACGUGCGAAUUCCGAGGAGCAAAGUUGUUGGGGAACGCAAGUGAAGGAGAUGACGAAGGGUUUAAGGUUGCACUGAACGAGUCGAAGCCAUAUUACUUUGCCUCCGCAGAAGGCAACUCUUAUGACUGCCUUGCUGGUCUCACCAAGUUCAUCGCUGUUCCAUCAACACGCUCCACCACCCCUUAA